AUUAAAGAGAGAACUGACAAUGGAAUCUUUGCUAAACCCAAUCAGUUAUAAGAACAUCGAGCAUAUUAGGAAGAAUCUUAAUAAUAGAUCUGUUUUGGUUCAUAAAUGCUACAAAAGUUCUACCAAGAGAGCAAACUGCUUGCCCCAGUAUCAACCAAAAAGCAGUGCAGUAUUGAAGAAGAAGCAGUUUUUAGCUACCAAGAAAGAUCCUGCCCAAAAGAAGGUAUUACAGAGUCAUAAAAGCCAUUUGAAUAACCCGAGGGUUUUAAAGAAGAGGUCUAAGCAUAAAGGUAUCAUCAAGAAGAAUCUUGUCCCAGUCAAGAAAGAAAUUAACUUAUUAUAAGCAAGCCGAGUUUACCAAAUUCGAUGAGUAAGAGCGUAAAGAAAAAUAAGGCAAUCUUAUCAAACUCGUAUUAUGCAGAGUCAGCACCCCAAGGCGACAGAGGAGAUUUUAAGAACUCUGUUCCUCGAACAGGAAGCCAGUGAAGAGUUCCAAAAAUCCAAAUUAACAUGAAGACUUUCAGUACCCAAUCUGAGGAAGACAACGAGAGGUUCGAUUCUGGAAGCAUUGACAUUUCUCAGUACUCUGGUUAUAAUAGACCCUCUCAGGAUAAGUUUGAUUGCACACUAGAGCCGACUAGAGAUAUAAAAAUACUAUUUGAAAACAGGCACCGAUCUUUAUCAAACAGCCUAAGGAAAAGAUCCACUUGAUUUAAAGCCAAUAAGCAUGCAGUUGUUGAGUUGGAUAAAAUUCGCACUCAAAAUAAAUGUUCUAACAAAUUAAUGAAGCCUAAUAAACCUAAAACCUCUAUUAGUUCAAAGGCUAGUAAAGCAAACUUGCUCAAAAGAAAGGGGAUAAGUUUUAGAAACAUGCAGCCGAAGCAAAAGAGAUAUGUUGCUUUGAAGCCUGAAAUUAUUAAAGAACCUAGUAUUCCCCCACAGAAUCCCACACCAACAAAUGCAAAUAAGGGGUUUCUCACCAAUAGAUCUCAACAGAUUCCUUCCACAAUAACUGCCACAAGGAAAGCUAAGGAUAAGCAGAAGACUAUGAAGCUAAGGUAUUCAGAGUUUUUGAUUGAAAAGGAAAGAUCCCGGAAAGUCCCAUUCAGAACUUAUUCCCUGCAAUAUGAACCCAAGAAGAACCAAUAAUAUAAUAUGUUGAUCUUUGAUACACAACUAAGUGCAAGCAAACUUGGUUUUGGGGCUAUGAGAGUUCUUUGAAUAUUUAGUA